AUGUUUCUCCAACACCAGCUCGCUUUUCUCUGCAGUGCCCUCCUGGGCUCCGUCUCUGCGGAGACCAUCCUCGGUGUCACCGUGUACUCUCGCCAUGGAGACCGAACCUCAAAGCACUACAAAGGUUACAUGCUGACCAACCUCGGCCUGCAACAAAAUUACCAAGUCGGCUCCGACUAUCGCGACCUCUACAUUGAAUCAGAAUCGCCGAAGCGAAUCCUCGGCAUCUCCUCGGACAAAUACGUCCCCGCGCAGAUCUUCGCCUCUGCGCCAGAUGAGCCUGUUCUUCUCAACACGGCGACGGCGUUUCUCCAGGGUCUGUAUCCCCCUCUCGAGAGUCUAGAUGAGGAGGUUGCGUCGCAGACGUUGAAUAACGGGUCGACGUACACGAAUCCGCUCGGCGGGUAUCAGUAUGUUGUUCUGCAUGGUGAGGAAAAGGAGAGUCCCGAUACGAUCUGGAUCAAGGGGGAUGACGAGUGCCCUGCGAUUUCUGUGCUCGCCGACGGUUUUGCCCAGAGUGAUGUGUACGCACAGCGCGUCGAGUCAACUCGUCCGUUCUAUCGGCAGUUUUGGCCAGUUCUGCAAGACGUGUAUGAUUACACCGAGGCGGAUCUGUCGUACGAGAACGCAUAUGAUAUCUUCGACUUGAUCAACACCGGGAUGAUCCACAACGCUUCCAUGCAAGACGCUGUUACCGAUGAUGAGCUCUUCCAGUUGCGCACGCUGGCUGAUAGCCACGAGUUCAAUUCCAGCUUUGACGCCUCACAGCCGGACAUGGCUAUCGGGGCUAGGACCCUGUCGCAGGCUAUCCUGUCCCAUCUGAACGAGACCGUGACCUCGCAGGGCAAGACCAAGUUGUCGCUCCUGGCAGGAAGCUACGAUACCAUGAUGGCUUUUGCGGGUCUGCUGAACCUGACGGCCGCGUCUGCGGAUUUCUUCGGUCUUCCGGAGUAUGCCUCGACCAUGGCAUUUGAGCUUCUGACCGAGGACGAUGUUACACAGUUCCCAGAAGCGAUUGAUGACAUCAAAGUACGCUUUUUGUUCAGGAACGGCUCGGACGGCGGUGCCCCGCUUACGGCGUUCCCGUUAUUCGGUGGUGAGCAGGAGACGCUCACCUGGUCUGAGUUUGUCGAGCACAUGCAGCAGAGGGCAAUCACUACGGUCGCGGAGUGGUGCGGGAUCUGUGGCAGUGAGCAGGGCUUUUGUGCAGCGGAGGUGGCUAGCGAGACUGGGGCGUCUGGUGAGGAGAAGAAGGCAGGCGAUAUGUCGAACGCCGUGGCCGGAGCGAUUGGGGCAGUUGCUACGCUGGGUGUCGUUGGUAUCGUUGCGGGUGUCGCUUUUAUGCUCUUCAGGAAGCGACGCGCUGCAGGUGCAGGCCUGCCGGAGAAUGCAGUGGAGAAGGGAACGGGCAGCAUCAGCAGCUGA